CCGAGCAAGUCGUGUCCCCAGUGACUCCGUACAAUUCCCGAUAAACCGCUCCUCCACGAGUUUCCUCACCACCCGAGAAGUGUCAUCACCGGAAAAACCCGAAAACCCCGUGAAAAUGUGUAUUGGACCCUAGCGGCAUGCCCCAUCGCGUCGUUCCGCGCCAUUCCCAGGUUCACGCGAGUUAAUUCCCCCCAAAAACCCCAAACCCCAAAAAAAACUCCCAAAAACAAAAAUCCACCUGUGCAUCGCAGCGCUGCAGUCGCCCCCGCAGUGUCAACUCCCCAAAAAAAAACAAAAAUAACCCCCCAAAUUAGUGAAGUGAUUUUCCAUUUAUGGAUUCGAAGUGACAGGCAAUUUCCCCCGGAUUAAAGUGCAAUUGUGACUAACUCGUGCGCACUCGGACACUGGUGUCCUCCAUAGAUGAGUUUUGAGGUUAUUUUAGUACCACAUGUAACUGACCAAGACUAGACGCGAGUGGAGGACCCAGUGCUCGUUUUAUUUCGCGUCUGACUGUGCAGCUGAGAGGUGCAUCCUCCAGAAUCGCCAGUCUCUUUGUUCUCGAAUAAUAAAGUGAACUGAUUUUCCGAUAAUCUGACAUUAAGACUCGAUACGCGAUGAAUUCGCCGAGAUAAAAGUGUUUUCGUGGGGACAUUUAACCGGUUGACGAAUUAAACUGAAUGGAAGUGACAGUUGGUGGUGCUGAUGACAAUGCUCGUCGAUUUUUGAGUACUUAUUGUUUUCUCUAGUGGUGAUUACGUUUCUGUGAUAGUUCAGUGAGGCCUGGAGUGAUGGUACAGGGGUGAGGGCUCAUUGGGGGAUUUUUCAGUGAAUAAAUUGGUGAAGUGCAAUGCUGUGCAUCAAGAAACUGUACAGGGAGGAGCUGCUCCAGCUGGCUCUGCUGUUGUCCCUCCUCAGGGUCGACCCAGACAGCUAUCUGGGGCUGGACAUUCAGAGCAUUGGAGUGGGGUCUUUGAACCUACACAAUGGGUCCGGGUGGCACACCGACGCCAGGACUGUCGUCCACAGACCCAUGUUUGUCCAUCCCAAGAACUUGGACUCUAUGCUGAUUAAUUAUGAGAGGGAUCUGUUUGAGGAGCUCAAUUCGCUGGGGAGGUACAACAGAUUGGGUGCGCCUAAUGACAUUCAUGCGUACUUGUUGAAUGUGGAGGACCCUGGGAGGGAUCCUGGCGAGGCUGCUGGACCCAGUGCUGAGGGGAAUGGGAGGAAUGCCAGCGAGCCUGAUCCACACAGCGAGGCUCAGGGGAAUCGCCAGGACGCCAGUGCUGAGUUGACACAAGAGGAUAUGGAUCUCAUCGAGGUGCUGUGGAAGCAGGACGUCGACUUGGGUCUUCCUCUCGUGGAUCCGGAUCAGACGAGUCAGAGUCCCUCGACUUCGGAGAAAAAUUCGCCGGAUGAGAUUGAGAAGCUCAAGACCUUGGAGGCUAUCAAUGCAACCAAAAUUGAGGAUAAUAAGGAGACGGAGGAGCCGAAGGAGGAUGAUCCCUGGGCUGGACUUUCUUACACGAUUGACUUGGAAACAGGGGAAUACAUCCCAACGGGCAGUCCGAGUGGUUGUGGUAACAGUACUGGAGAGAGUGCCGAUCAGUUUCUGGGCGCCCCGUCACUGAAUCUCGACGACUCACCGAUCGGCCUGACAGAUGAUUCCCUCGGAUUGAACGAUAGUUUAGGACUUGAAGAUGAUUUUGCAUCGGAACUGCUGAGUGAUAGUUUGCUCGGUGGUGACGGGGUUGAGGGCCUGCUCAGCAACGACUCGCUGGGUCUGCCCGACGGAUUCAAUCUCGAGGAGGCGCUGCAGCUUGUGGGUCUCAAUGAGGUGCAGCCAGAGGAAAUAAAGCAAGAAGAGAAGAAGAAGAAGUUAGACUGCGCAAAAUCGAAUUCCCCUGAUCUCCCUGGAGGUAGUGAAUCAGGCAACGAUCUCAAUUCAUCAAGCAGUGACGAUCCCGAAGACGACAUGAUUCACACACCGCAGUUCCAUCAUCCCCAUCAUUCUCACCGGUCCUUACAGGGUCGUGUGCCACCAUUUAUGCGCACCAUGAGCAUGGACCAGAGAUGGCCAGACCUGUCGACGUUCCUGACGACCCCAGACCACUUCACCCACCCAGCCCAUCCCUACCCAGGUCACGGUAUAAGUCAUCACAGUCAUUACGACGCCCAGCGUAAUGUACUGCUGCACAACGCCACCCUGGCCCCCCCAGUGGGCGAUCUCAACUCCACUGGCCCAUACCACCAUGUUGGUGGUCCAUCGAAUUUUGGAUCAGCAGUUGCCACAUCGAUGAAUCUCACCAACAGCAGUGAACCCAUGGGACCUGAGAACACUGGGGCAUACAAAUCUGAACCCAGUGACAUGAUGUAUUACCAAACACCAACGACAGACUCCAUGAAUCAAUCCUCCGAGACUCUCUUCUCUUCUCUACUCACUGAAGAGGACUUUGCAUUGAUGGAUAUGGGAGUCAAUGAGAGCAUGUACUCGAUGAGAAUGCUGGACAACAGCAGCAACAAUGCCUCAGGACCAACAGGUGCUGCUGCAUUACCGGGGGUACAGGGGGCGGGAAAUAAUGGCGGCUCGGGGGGUGGUGUGACUUCUCUGGGGGGUGUCACUGACGAGAGGAUGGACGCCUCCAGUGACAGCGCUGUCAGCAGCAUGGGGAGCGAGCGUGGACCACUGUCCGAUGGAGAGUGGAUGGAGACUGGAUCCAAUUCCAGUCACACGCAGCCGGAUUCACAUUAUUCCAUGGAUUAUGCGAGCAAAUAUCGCAUGCCAUACGACUGCAACUACUCGAUAGGGGGUAGGAAUGGAGGGUCACCGCGUUGCCAAGCUGACCGAGUGCCUCCAGUUGCCCAGAAGAAGCACCAAAUGUUCGGGAAGAGAUGUUUCCAGGAGCAGGGAACCGGCUCUCUGCUUGGCGCCAGCCCCCAUCCAACGACUCCCAUAAAGUACGAGUACGAUGGCCACACUGUGGGUGCUGGACCUCCUGGGAAUGCCUAUUCAGGGCCAAUUGAAGGUGCAGCUGGACCCCAACCUGAGCUCAAGUACAGCUGCAGUGUAGAUUUUUCACGUCAUCAAGCUGUUCCACAAAUACCAGGAAGAACAGCUCUGGAACAUGUUCACCAUAAUCACACGUACCACCUGCCUGGGGACAACUCUGGACCGAUGCAGAGACCAUUGUCACGUGACAAAAAAGGUAAAGCACGUAAACACGAUGCGGACGAACACUUGACCAGAGACGAGAAGAAAGCGAGAUCUCUGAACGUUCCCAUAACCGUCCAGGACAUCAUCAACUUGCCGAUGGACGAGUUUAACGAACGUCUCAGCAAGUACGAUCUCAGUGAGCAGCAGUUGACUCUAAUUCGUGACAUCAGGAGGCGUGGAAAGAACAAAGUCGCUGCGCAAAAUUGUCGCAAACGCAAACUCGAUCAGAUCAUCAGUCUUGCUGAUCAAGUCAAGGAAAUGCGUGAUCGUAAAUUGCGUCUCAUUCGUGAACGGGAAUUUAUGCUCAUGGAGACACAACGGGUGAAAGCCAAGUAUCAUCAGCUGUAUGCUCAUGUAUUCCAGUCAAUGCGAGACCCAGAUGGCAACCAGUACAGUCGUAACGAGUACAGUUUCCAGCAGUCAGCCGAGGGUAAUGUUCUCCUCGUACCAAAAAAUCAGACAAAUUCCCACCACUCACGAUCAUCAACAAUGGAACCAAAAACAAAACCUGAUCCUGAUCACAAGGAAUGAAAUUCACGUUAUCGUGCUCCAUUGCGAUUGAUAAUCAGGAGAUCACCGUUCAAAAUAUGUAUUCAACGUACAGUGGGAUUACGUUGACCACGAUGAACCGAUCGAUGAUAAAACAACGAAUAAGCAGCAGGUUAAUAAACUAAUAAAAUCAAGUCUGAGAAUGUUGUGCAGCUGUAGAUCAUGCUGUUGAGUUUACCUGGACGAUGAUUACUUCUGGUGAUGCUUGAACAUGAGACCUGAGGUACUGAGUAUUGACGGCGAGGCUGUAAUAGCUGUACCAGAGGCCACUACUAUUUAUCUAGCUCAAGUUAAUGAGGCAAUUGACGAAUGCUGAGUGUUUAAAUGCCAAUGAAUGAUUAAACCUACCUCGAUUUUUCAAUCAUAAUUUCAUAGUGAAAAUUAUUCUCGGUGAGCUUGGUAAAGCAUUAAUCAAGGUAAUUAAGGACAUGAUAUUGUUCAAUGUUUCGUGUAUUCGGAUAUAAAUUUAUUGUAAAUUAUUCGAAAUGGGGAUGAAGGAGUCGGGGAAGCAGUUGGAAAAAAGAAUGAGUCGAUGAUUAAAUGGGUUUCCUCAUUCGGUUUUUGUUGAUUAUCUCGAUAAUGAGUGGUUUUAAGGGAAAAUGUGAUAAGAUCUUUUUUGUAGAUAAUGAAAUUUCCUAUCAAAAAUGUAUUUGACAUUUUCUCAUCAAUCCGCUCGUUCUCGUGAUAAUUCGACAUUUGUAACCACGAAGAAAAGAUUCGUUUUACCACUUCGACCCCCAGAUCAAAAGAGAAAAUGAAAAUCGAGGUUUCACCAGACGUGAGAACUAACGAAUCCUAGAUAUUCCUCCCACCCAGUACUUUAUCCUCCUGCGUGACCGUGGGACAAAUGAAAUCGAGUGAUGUAAGAAUUAUUUGAAAAAUUAUUCUGCUUUAUUGUUUCGGCGACAGCUGGUGUCUGUUCAACCCAGUGGAUUCAUUAAACACAAAUGCUUGUUGUAAAGAUUCACGUACAAAUUUGAUUUGUAUAGGAUAAUUUAGGAAGGUAAUAGGAAGAUAAUUCAGUUGGGAAGUGGCCAAAAACAACGAGUUUUUGAUUAAUGUCUCUGAGCCUGAAGGAGAUAGUCUCCAAAAACAGAAACUUUGAGGGCAAAGAACUUGAAAAUUUCGAGAAUUCUCAAGUUUUUUAAAUUCUUACGGUGACUUUUUGCAGAUCUAUUUGUUUUUAACAAAGAGGUCCUCAAAAAUCUUCACUUGGACCCCAAAAUCAUGACAAAAACCCUCAGAUAAAGUUGUCACAUUCAGUUUCACCUCUUCCCCCCACUAAAUCCAAAAUAAAAACUCGAAUGCAUCAUAUUGCGAUCACUGAGUGAUCAUGCAGCGCAUGAAUUGUAACUUGUUAGGUGCUAAGUGAUGAUAAAAUCCUCUAUUUCUCCCUCAGAAACUGAAACAACAGGAGAAAAAGAAAGGGAAAAAUGACUUUAAAACACGAGUCGUAAUUAAUGAGAGAAAGGAAAACGAAUUUUCCGUGGAGUUAUAUUUUAAAAAUUAUUGUGCAACAAUAUGAAGGAGAAAAUAAUAGACAACAUUUUCUGCAAUUUGUGCAUUUAACUGAUUUAUGACGCAUAUUGUGGUUUGAUUAAUAAAAGGCAAAUGAUUGAGGUAUAUUCUGGAUAAAUGCAAAGUUACUGAUUAUUCAUAGAUCUAUGGAAAAAGAAAACACUGUGCAUAAUUGACUGCUGCAUUGCUACAAUAUUUAUACUACUGCAUACAUCGUAAUGCGAUAUGAAGGAAAAUUUUAACUAAAGAUUCAAUAUUUUUAUAUAAUGUUAACAGACAAAGAAAAUAAUGAAGUUGAUAGAAAAAAAAAUAACAUAAUUCAGGUAUUUCACAUUUGCCUUUUUAUGUAAAUAUCGAUGUAGCUAGUUUAAUUUUUCUAUAAGUAUAUUGCGUAAUUAUAUAAUAGGAUUAACGAAAAAUGUUUGAAAAUUAAACGAAGAAACGAAUAGACGUAAGAAAUCUAUUACAGCUAAUUCGCGAGAUGGAGGAGAGGAAAUUAUGUAAAGUUCGCUCUGUUUUAUUUUAUAUUAUUUUUCGUUAUCGACUGGAGUUCAUUUUGACGAAUGUAUUUACAGUACUGGGUGUAGGAUAUGAACCUUUCACGUACCGUACUUGGCAGAUAGAGAUCGAGAUAUUGGGUAAUUUUUUUAUUUUUGUUUUCUGAAAAUAAAAGGAAAAUGAGGAAAAUUACUCGAACAAAUUUAUUGUCCCACCUCUUACAUGGGUGUUUUGUAUAAGACUUGCAUUUUUAGAUCUCUAAUCGCCAUUUUCAUUGUAUAAAGAAGAUUUAAUAAACUAUGUGGGUUACAGGAA